AGCACGUGGUGGCGGAGGGACUGAAGGCACAAGCGGUAUUCGCGUCUCAACCUCCGCCGGGUCACCGUCUCUCCUCUUCUGGAUAUUGUGUGGACUUCUCUCACCACUCAAGAUGUCUGACCUCUCCAAGUUCCGCCGGGCGAAGCUACUUCAUGUCUUCACUACCUUCUUCGAUGUGAACAGAAGCGGCGAAAUUGAUGAGAAAGACUUAGACAUCGCCAUCCAAAAAGUGUGCGGCGCCCGCGGUUGGAGUCAGGAGGAUCCCCACUACGAGAAAACCCGAAACACCUUGAGGACUUUGUGGACUGUCCUGACGAGCAAAGCCGACAUCGAUCACGACCGCCAGGUAUCUGUGGAGGAAUGGUACUGCGCCUGGAGGGAAGACGAGAGCGACCGCGAGUGGAGCCAUAUCUUCAGGGAUCUCAUGUUCCUUCUUGAAGACGCUUCAGGUGACGGCCACGUGGACGCAGACGAGUACGUGGCACUGUACACGGCACUUGGUCUGCAGGAGGCACAGUGCCGAGAGGCUUUCAGACGCAUUCAGAAGGACGACGCGUCUGUGGUCACAAAGGACAAGUUCGACGUCCUGUGGGAGCAAUACUUCCACUCCGAGGACCCCAACGCUCCUGGGAACUUCAUCUUCGGCAAGUUCGAUUUCUAAGGGGAUCGUUUCGAGAGCUGGGACGCGCCGAGUCACCGAGCGUCACUGAGGGGGCGGCUGGCGAUGGGUUGGGGGUUGAGGACGAGGCUGGGCGUCGGCGCACGAAACGACGGAGGGAUCAGUUGUAGUGUCGUAUGCAGUGGGGGUUGUGGGAUACGAUGAUGGCUAAGGGCUACGCUCUGUAAGUGUGUGGGGAUGGCUGUGGGUCGUGACAUGUAGUACGUGUAAUGGUCGUGGGUUGUGGUAUGUGGUGAUGGUCUUAGGUCCGGGUUGGUGUGGGUAUUUUGGUAGCAACGUCGUCUUUUUUCGAGUGUAGAUGGUAUGGUGGUUUUUUCCCUGAUGUUGACAAAAGCUCGUGGUGAUGAAAGGUAAUGGCGGAGGCAAA